UUAUUAUGAUUUCAUGAAUCAUGAAGAGAAUAAAGGUUGAAGAAUAAAGUGAGCCUCUGAAAGUGAUUUAAUUGCGUUUUCUGAAGAAUUCCUUAAUCUUCGCCUCCUGUCAUCUGCACACUCUACUUUCUGGAUCGCUCACAUUCAUUGAUCAAGCUUCCAAGGUAUUUGGUAGUGAAGACAUCAUCAUUAGAGUGAUUCGUUAUUUGCUGUUUAACCCUACUAUUUAUAACCUGAGGAAACAAGAAAAAGAGGAACAGAAUGAGUUGCCCACAGGUGCCAAAGAGAAGAGUGGCAUUUGUGCUGAUUGAUGGGUUGGCUGAUGUGUCACUGCCAAGGCUUGGAUACAAGACCCCUCUUCAGGCUGCAAAACUCCCCAACUUGGAUGCCAUAGCAUCUGCUGGAGUUAAUGGACUAAUGGACCCUGUUGAGGUUGGCUUAGCUUGUGGAAGUGACACUGCUCAUCUUUCCUUGUUGGGUUAUGAUCCUAGAGUUUAUUAUCGCGGCCGAGGAGCGUUUGAAUCCAUGGGGGCAGGAUUGGCCAUGUCACCUGGUGAUAUUGCUUUUAAGUCAAACUUUGCAACUCUUGAUGAGAAAACUGGAAUAGUCACCAGUAGGAGGGCUGACAGGCACUUUGAAGAAGAAGGCCCCAUUCUUUGUGCUGCUUUAGAUGGAAUGAAGCUUCCAUCUUUCCCUCAAUAUGAAGUCAGAGUCAGGUAUGCAACAGAACAUAGAUGUGGAGUGGUUGUUAAAGGACCAAAUUUGAGUGGAAAUAUAUCAGGAACAGACCCAUUAAAGGACAACCGCUUACUUUUGAAAGCAGAAGCUUUAGAUGAUUCUCACGAAGCAAAGAAUACUGCUGCUGUUGUUAAUGAGUUGUCCAAGGAAAUAACAAAAAUUCUAGUUUCUCAUCCUGUGAAUGCUAAACGUCUCACAGAAGGGAAGAACAUAGCAAAUAUAGUCCUCUUAAGAGGUUGUGGCAUCCGAAUUGAGGUUACACCGUUUUUAGAUAAACAUGAUUUGUCGCCAUGCAUGGUAGCUCCAACAAAAAUAAUUGCUGGCCUGGGCUUAUCACUUGGUAUUGAUAUUCUAGAUGCUCCUGGAGCAACUGGGGACUAUCGAACUUUACUAACUUCUAAAGCAACGUCAAUAGCUAAGGCACUCUCAGCUCCUUUACAAUCCUGCCCUCGAGUUUUUGUACCUGGCGAGGAUGAGCUUAAAGCAGGCCGGUCAGAUGGCUAUGACUUCGGAUUUCUUCAUAUUAAGGCAAUAGAUGAUGCCGGCCAUGACAAGGCAAGCAUUCUCAAAGUCAAAGCAUUGGAAGCUGUAGAUACUGCUGUGGGGCAGUUGGCAAGGCUUCUCUGGGAAGCAGAAUCAACAGGAAAAUUUCAGUUUUCCCUUUGUGUCACAGGAGAUCACUCUACUCCAGUAGAAUAUGGAGAUCAUAGCUUUGAAUCAGUGCCAUUCACAAUGUGCUGGUUGAAAGACUUUGUUGGCGCAAUUGGUGAAUCCACUAUCUGCAAAACUUCUCUGGAUCCAUUUCCUAUUCCAAGUGUUAAGUCUGGUGAAGACUUACUUGAUGACUUGGAAACAAAAGAGGGAAGAGACAAAUGUUGUCAACCUUAUAGUGGUGACUCAGUUUAUGAGCUAAAUGAAGUGGCAGCUGCAAGGGGGUGUUUGGGGCGUUUCCCUGGAGGAGAAAUGAUGGGAAUUAUAAAGAAAUUCCUUAACUUAGAUGCUGGAACUGCUUAACGGGAAGUUAAGGAGUGUUAUGGCAGUUCUUAUUUUUUUAGUUGAGACCUUUCAUCUCCCACUCUGAAGUCAAGUGAUUUCUGGGUACAAUCCGAUUUUGUACUAUUUGUAGAAUAAGAAGUCUUGUUCUAAAAACAACAAUGUGAACUAAGCUUAAAUAGUUUUUUCUCUGUCGUUUUUGUUCACGCUAGAGAACACACGUCUCUCAAAGUUCCACAUGAACUCAAUAAAUUUUAGUGAGCUUCUACUA